AUGGCGCCGGCUCACGCCGCUCGGGGCUGGCCCCGGGCCCUCCUGGGCCGCGUCCUGCCCGCCCGGCCCUACGGCCGCAGCGCCGCCGACGGGGGCCCGGCCCGGGCCGCGGGGCUGUACGAGCUGCUGGGCGUGUCGGCCAGCGCCACGCAGGCGCAGAUCAAGGCGGCCUAUUACGAGCAGAGCUUCCGCUGCCACCCGGACCGCAACGCGGGCAGCGAGGAGGCGGCCGCGCGCUUCACCGCGCUGCACCAGGCCUACGCCGUGCUGGGCAGCGCCGCCCUGCGCCGCAAGUACGACCGGGGCGUGCUGAGCCGCGAGGAGCUGAGCUCGGCCGGGAGGCCCUCGGCCCGCGCGCCCGGCCAGCCCCCGGCGCCCGGCCAGCGCAGCGCGGCCUCCCGCCGCCCCCCCGCCGCGCCCGUCUUCGACUUCGACGCCUUCUACCGCGCCCACUACGGCGAGCAGCUGGAGCGGCAGCAGCUCCUCCGCGAGCGGCGCCAGCAGCGCAAGCGGCAGCAGGAGGAGGCGGCCAAGAGGUGGCAGGGGGAGAGGCUGCUGGAGUUCUCGGUCUCCGUGUUCCUGUUCUCCGCCAUGGUGCUGCUGUUCAGCAUGAGGUGAAGCCCCGCAGCUCCCCGACCGGCCGGAAAGCAGCCUGGCUAAAUGCGCCGCACCCCCGGACUUGGCCCAAGGGUUUGGUUGUGCCCACGGACAGGCCUGGUGCUUUUCCAAGGACGCCUUAGGGGGGCUGAAAUGCCAUUAAAAUAUCUUCACAAAUCGGUUUGAGAUCCGAAUUCCUUCACUGCAUAUAUGGGCAAAUAUAAUUACCCUUCCAAAUCAGAAGUCUCCUCUGACACUUGCCUGCCAAGAGCAGAAUUCAGGGAGCUACCCUUCACCUGCCAGAGUUGGCAGUGUUUCUACCACUCACCGCGGGGGAAAGAAUGCAGCUUUCUGCUGGGUUUUAGGUGUUAAUAGAAUUCUCUUCCCUGAACUCUAGUCCUAAUGGGUAUAAAAUGCAUUUCACUUCACCUUUGAGGCUCAAAUCCUGCAGUCUCGUCCAAAGGGAGUCCUCUGGACCUGCUCGCUUCAGGUAUGUCUACACUUAAAAUGCUAAAGUGACACAGCUGUGCUAUUUUAGCGCUUCAGUGUAGAUACUACAUACACUGACAGGAGGGAUUCUCCCAUCGGUGUAGUAAUCUGCCUCCCCGAGAGGCAUUAGCUAGGCUGAUGAAAUAAUUCUUGUCAACCUAGCACUGCCUACACUGGGGUUAAAUUGGUAUAACUAUGUCUCAGGGGUGUGGGGUUUUCGCAGCCCUGAGAGGUAGCUAUACUGAUGUAAAUUCCUAGUGGAGAGCAGGCCAAAAAUCAGAUUGUAGGGUGAGCCUAACUAGGCAAAGAUUGGGUCCUCCCUAUUUUUUGCACUUUAUGAAUGAGUAGAUUGUAUUCUUACUGGUGCUGAAGAGUAGUUUGGUAUGGGUCUUGCGUUAUCAAGAACUGACAGAUGCUAUCUCCACAAUGUAUAGGCAGCUCGUUGCUCUUACCACCUCACUGAGCUGGGCUUGCUGCCUUUGUUAUUGGUUCCCCUGCCUCUCUUGGACACCUGCCUGACUUCUAGUACGCUUGGCACCAAAGGUUUUUGGAUUCAUUAGAACAGCUCAGGAUGGUGGUAGCAAAUAUUCUGUCUUGUGGUGUGAGGCCACCUGCCUGGAUCUACAAGUAGAGAAGGGUUCUGGUCUCUCCCCACUUCUUAGGGUCUUCCAUAAAUACUGCUCUAUGUUUAAGCUGUGGGGAGCCUGCCCUGUCUAGGGCUGAUGUACUUGGCUCCAACCUAUCUUCCCAGAGGGCUUCAUAACUUGGAAGCGUAGCAUUCUGGGUACUGAACUUCAUUGUGUCCUGAUCCAUGUGUCCUGUGUGUAAGAGGUGUUCAGACAAAUAGGGAUAUUAUAUUUAUAUGUAACGAAAUGUUGAGGUGGUUUAAGACUGAGAAUGUUGCGGUGGAAGUGAUCACCUUCCCUCUGCAGGUGAGGGUUUUACUUGUGUUUCACUUGACUUUGCCACGCAGUAUGGAGUGAAUGAAAUCCAUAGCCGAAAAUGGAUAUCACAAGGUAGCUGUUGGUGUGCCAAGGAUUUCACUUUCUUACUUUCUCAUUUGCAUUGGAUCCACUGUGCUUAGCUCAUAGCCUUGAGCACUGAAUCCCAGCACUCUGCCUCUCACUGCAGGAAAUUUUCAUUUUCCUGUAAAUAGGGAAAUGCAUAGAACAGAUCCCCGAAACAACCACAGAAUCCAGAGAUGUUUUCUGUAUGAUCAGAGGAAUGUUUGCCCCAUGGGUGUGUGUUCUGCCGCAAGGAGUGUUGUGAGUUAAAAGGACUACUUCGCUUGUUUGAUAUUAGGCACUGAGUCUAAUCCUCCUGUCAGGCUGGGGGGGCGGGAGGGGGGAGUUCUAGGUCCCAGCAUUGUCAUCUUAUAAGGAGGUGCUAGGAGUCUGGGAUAGAGGCCUGGAUUAGAUUCCAUGCAGUGAGAGAGGUUUGGAGUGCUGGGACUUCCAGUCCUACUUCUAUUAAUGCUCCUUCUCAACUGAGGCUGCUCUAGCUGCAUCUGGACUGCAGUGUGGACUUGACACUGUUGUAUUUCAGGCCAAGUCUGAUUAGGAUUUGGCCUUCAAAUUUGACAACUCUUCCAGUCAUAGCAUCUGGAAGAGGCCAAGUCAGAGGAGGAGGAAUACCAUGGAAAUGUGAUGGAGAAGUAGGUUGCUCCUCCCUCUGAUCGCCAGUGCAAAGACUUACGGGCUCCUCAUGCAGUCCUGCUCAGGGCCCUUUGAGUUGGCACUUCUUUUAUGUCUGCGGAAUGCCCAGUAUCUGGGGGUCUUGGGUCUUCCCCUGCACGCAGACUCCAUGCACUGUUGUGAGCUCUGCUGCUGGGCUGUACCAUGGCUCUGGUACCAUGCAGAGAGGAUCUUUCACACUGGUGCCUGGGAGGAUCCUGCAAAGAACAUUUUUGUUCCUAAUUCAUUUAAUGUUACCAUCUUCAAAUGGAGUAGGAAUAAACCUGCGCAACUAUGCCAGACAUGUGCACUGCUCCUGGCACACUUAGGGUGGAAGAGGGGCCAGCUUCUUCCACCGAAGUAGGCACCACUAUGAAUUGCAUAUACGCUUGGUAGAUGGCUGGGUCUGAUUCAGAGGUGGAAUAUACUGAGACAAAUCACUGUAUUAACCCAUGUGCUCUAAGAAUGUGCCUUAGAAUGCGGACUUGUAAAAGGAAAAUGCAGCUGUUGCUGAUACUUCACUAGGUGUCCCCCGAUGGGGGCCAAGAACAUUAAAGUUGGACAUAUCAUGUGCA